UUUAGAUAAUGUCCUUGAACAACAAAAAAGUUUAUUUUGUUGAAAGGAAUUCAAAAAUAAUUUAAAACUUUCAGUUUUAAUUUAAUGUUCAAAUAGAACUGAUAAAAAACAUUGGAACUAUAAAAUAUUUAAAGAAUAUAAAAUAUUUACAAAAUUAAAUUUAAUAUCGAACAAAACAAAGCCAAUCAAAGAAGAAAAAUAUGAACCAGCGGUCCAAAUGCACAAAAUUUUUGUAUUAGCGCCACAAAUUGAAAAUUCAAAUUUAAAAAUGUAAGUUUUGAAUUUAUUUUAAUUAUUUUUUGGAAAAGAAUUACGCACAGUUUUUGAUAUUAAUUAUAUAAAUUGAAAAAUUAUACAAAAUGAGUGAAAAUAACCAAAUGGAUCCGUCAGCAACGGAUAACAAUGAUCUUAGUUUAAAUGAAUUGGAAAAUGAAACAACCAUAAAUGAUUUAGAUGAAUAUUCAUUAAUUAAAAUUUUUAAUUAUUUAACAUUUCGUGAUCAAAUUUUAUUUGCAUCAUUAAAUCGACGUUUUAGAACAAUAUUAUUUACUCAAUUUAAAAAUGACAAAAUGUAUACAUUGGAUUUAAAUUAUAAAUAUUGGUCUUUAUCUGAUUUAUAUAAUGCUUUUCAAUUAAUUGGACCAAUAACAAAAAGUUUUCAAAUAACAAAAAAUAAUGAAAAUUUAUCAAGAGUUUAUUUAUGUAUUGAUUUUGUACUCGAAUAUUGUUGUAAUUUAUAUGAAUUAAGAUUGGAAUGUAUACAAUCGGUUAAUAAAUACAUAAAUCAGAUGUCACAAAUGUUAAAGAAUAUUGUAUAUUUAGAAUUAAAAUUUUGUUCUCUAAUUGAUAUUGACAUAAAAUUAUUAAAUAAUUUAAAAAAUAUUCAACAUUUAGAUAUAUCAAAAAAUCAAAAAUUAACUGGAAAAUAUAUUGAGAAUUUUGUAAAUUUACAAACUCUUAAAGUUGCCGAAUGUAAUCAAAUAAAGGAGAAAUAUUUUAUUGCAAUAUUUAAUAAUAUGAAAUCUCUUAAACAUUUAGAUACACAACAUUGUUCAGAAAUCAAUCAUACAGCAAUAUUCGCUUUAGUUGAUUCAUGUGGAGAAAUCGAAACAUUAAAAAUUUAUGUACGUUAUGCUACUGAAAGUUUAAAAAGGAUAUCAGAAUUGAAAAAAUUAAAAGAACUUCAUAUAGAAGAAGGUUGGAGUUGUGGUAAUUCAGUUGAUGAUACAAGACGUUUACGUAAUAUUGUUAAUGAUCUAUUAAAAAUGUUAUCAAAUCAAUUGACAUCAUUAAAAAUUCAUUUUUUACAAUUUGAUCAUGAUAAAGGAUUAAACUGGGCUAGAUUUGAAUCAAUUUAUACAAUGAAAAAUUUAAAAGAAUUACAUUUUGUUGGAUAUUUGAGUUGUUAUGUUAUCGAUUGGCAUACAUUACGUCAUUUUGUUGAAAAUUCUAAUUUAAAAAUAUUAAAUAUAACAUAUUCAAAUUUUGCUUUAGGUUUUGCAUCAAAUGAUUUUAAUAAUUUUAUAUUAAGUUGUAUAAAUGCAAAAAAAUUGGAUGAAAUUAAUUUAAAAUAUUCUGGUAGAUUUUCACAUCCAGAAUUUUUAGAAAAUUUCUAUGAAACAUUAGAUGGUAAAGGAAAUACAAAACCAAUGAUUAAAAUGAAAAUUAAAGUAAAUCCUAAAGUUGAAAAUGAUAUAUUAAAUAAUCCAAAAUAUGUUAAUGCAAAGGAUUUAUCAAAUUUAAUUAUGAAAACUGUACGAUCUUCAUAUGAUGAUCAUUUUCGAUAUAUGAUAUACGAAGAAGAUGAAGAAAUCAAUGAAUUUGAAUCAGUACGAGAUGAAUCAAGAUGUGGAGAAAUCCGAAUUACUUUAAAUUCAAAUAUUAUAUAAAUUUUUUUUAAGAAAAUAAUCUUUAUAAAACGAUACAUAUAUAUGUACUUUAUUUGCUGAAAGUAUUAAAAAUAAUGUAUUUGUAAUUUCAGAUUUUCGGGAAUACCGAAAUUUCCUAAA